AUGCCUACUGAGAUCCAAUAUGGGGCUGAGGCAGGGGGGCGCGAGUGGGCCCUCAGCGGGGGGCCAAAACACAGCGACAACACGAUGAGGACGGGGACGAGACGGAGGAUGCCCGGACCUCCGACGGGCCCUGCCUUUAAAUGGCUUCUUCUCUUGUGUGCUUUGUUUUUCCCAGCUGAUGCUCUGCUCACUGGAAAGAACCUCCCUCUGUCCACCUCUGCCAUUACUUCACGCCUCCUCCUCUUCAACAAGACCUCUGAGGAUCCAAAAAAUGCCUAA